UCCAGCAUGGCCGACAACGAACGUCAACUGUCCCAAUUUCUGUACCAUGUGACGCAGGAAAUUGUUACCUCCGGUGACUUUUCGGAUUGCAACAUAAACCGAAUCUGCGGCAAAUACUACGAAAACUCCAGCUACCCCGAUCGGGAUCGCCUUCGCCAGUUGGUUUCGGAGCUGAAACGUAAACUGCAAAUCUACCAGUUCAACGCCCGCAGCUCAAACCAUGGUCAAUCGAUAAACACGGAUAAAUUUCAUCGUUGCAGUUGCCAGCAUUCCCGGGACCACUACAAUCCUUACCCGCCGGAGGAGAAGACAACGGCCGACAAGUGCGUUGCAACGAUGACGGACUCCAAUCGUGACUUCUUCCCAGCCAGGUUGCUCGUGAGCGAUUCUACGCAAUACUCGCAACCACAUUCCGUCCAGACCUUUUCGACGGUGACCGAGUGCAGCAAUUCCACUUGUACCGUUUGUGGCAGCUGUCGAAACUUGCAGGAACCACAAUCGACAAAGCACUCCCCGCGAUCAUCAUCAGAGGACUCGAAUACGCUGAUCGAACAGCUUCUUCUCAAACAUGCCGCACUGGACGGGGAUACUUCCAGUGAAAUCCUGAUGCGCCUGGCCGCUGGCGAUCGUGUACUGUGCGAAAGUUGUCACGGAAAGUGCCCACUGCAUCGGUGUGGACAACUUCGGGGCGAUGCCGAUCCAGGAUCACCGCCGCCUAUCUGUCCCGGCAGGUGCGAUUGCGGCCCGACGUGCGGUCUGACGGGUUAUCCCGAGAGGAAGAAGAAUUGCGAGUGUCCUCUGCAGCAGUGUAGGCAUUUAGGGGAGGGUUCGGGCGGUGCUGGUGGUGGCAGUAAAAAUGCACCCAUUCUGAGACAGGAACCGCCGGAAAGCCAAACUCCACCCGUUACUUGCUGCGGAACGAGCAAGACGAAGAGAUCGCGAAGGCCAGCAAAUGACAAACUGUGGUGA